GUAAUGAUGUGUUAAUUUUUUAAUCGUAGGCACUGCCAUGGCGCAUGUCUAUACUGUAACCUGUAAUUUAAUUAGUGGACAUCGGUGUUUUGUUGGACAGUGAUUUUUGUGAUGUGUAUAAAGUAUUUUAUUGAAUCCAGUAGUUUGUUUGGAUGCCAAUUUGGAUUGUUCACUAAAAAGUUGGUACCUAAACAUGCGGGCGCGUAAUUACAAGCGCCGGAAACUGAACUGAGAUGGUCGGCGGGCUGUGAUCAUGCGCGGUGACGGGAGGCGGGGCCAUGGACUGCUACGUGCCAAACAACCCGCAGUUCGGGCUGGCCGACUGCUGCCAGGGCUGCCACGGGCUCUGCUGCGACCCGCUGCAGCCGUGCCUCCAGUUGCGGGAGCUCCAGGACGAAGAGUGCUGCCAGCAAGAAAACGAAAACUGCUGUCCAGACAAUGGGGAAGAACUGAACGCACUGAGCGACCCGAUCGCUCCGUGCGACGUGAACCUUGGCGACGGUGGAGAUGUGAGCGCGGAGGCCGGCUGGCCCGCUGACGAUAUGGGCUCCUUCUCACUGCCCCCGCUCGAGCUCGACCCCCUGCCUUCACUGUUUCCCUUCUCACCGUGUUCCGGUUACAAGAACAACACGGCCGACUGCCGGGAGAGGGGCGGGGGGGAGGCGGCGGACGUCCUCCUUUCUCUCAAGCAUGCCGUCGUCCAUGGCGACUGCGCUGAGACGGUCCACCCUCAGAUGAUGGUGAACACCGGCAGCGGAUACCCGUACUAUGAGCACUACAGCGGGACUCCCAUCUUCCCCACAAUGAGUGUCAACGUUUCCAUGAACAUGACCAUGCAUGGAUGCCCACCGGAUCAACUGUGUUCACAGGUACAGUGGAACCAAAACACCGCAACCCCAUCGGUGAACGUUGUCUACCCGCAGACGCAAAACGUCAUCAGCCCCAACACAUACCCGUCAGCCACUUACUCCUUCACAGCCGACUUCAGAGCUCCUAACCAAUCGGACCCACUGAUCACGGCGACCUCCACCUUCAAGCCGUUACUUCAGAACUCACAGAAAGCAAAUAAUAAUUAUGCGCUGUUUCAACAAAAGCAAAACUAUCAGUGUCAGAAGCCGCCCGGUCAGAUGGUGAAGAGGUCCCCAUCGAAACUGUAUAUGCAAGAUGUUCAGAAGGACCAGAACAUGGGUGGAGGGUACACGAUACUGAAUCAUCAAGCGCCGAUGCACCCACAAGAGUACGGGUAUACAACAUGUUCAUCGGGCAAGGUUCAGAUAGGAGCUCUAAGUGGAUGUUCAGAAGAUGACGAGCAGAAGCCAAACCUGUGCCGCAUUUGUGGUAAGACGUACGCCCGUCCCAGCACACUGAAGACCCACCUUCGGACUCACUCCGGCGAGCGGCCCUAUAGAUGUGGAGACUGCAACAAAAGUUUCUCCCAAGCCGCAAAUCUGACUGCUCAUGUGAGGACACAUACGGGUCAAAAACCUUUUCGAUGCCCCAUAUGCGACCGGCGCUUCAGCCAGAGCUCCAGCGUAACUACUCACAUGAGAACACAUUCUGGAGAAAGGCCAUACCAAUGCAGAUCGUGCAAAAAAGCUUUCUCGGACAGUUCGACGUUGACCAAACACCUGAGGAUACAUUCUGGGGAAAAGCCGUAUCAGUGUAAGCUCUGUUUAUUAAGGUUUUCGCAGUCCGGCAAUCUGAACCGGCACAUGCGCGUUCACGGCAAUAUGUCAGGCGGUAUGCUUGGCUGACAUUUGCAGGGUUGCAGCCUACACGCGCUCUGCAUGUAAACCUUAGAAUAUAUAGAUAGAGCAAUAGAGCAUCGAGUCUUAAAAACGUGUCAACUUUAUGUCAACUAAUUAGCUUACUCGUUUCUUUACGAAUGUUCUAUAUAUUUACGCACAUAAUGUAUCUUGACGUGUCUAUAUUUAAUUAUUUAAUAAAUAAAAUGAGUUUUUUCAUGAUGCAAAAAUUAUAAAACAAAAUCAAUAUACAUAGUAAUUUUAAAGGAAACACUCAUAUCUAUUUAUCAAGCAAAAUUGUAUGAAAAAGUUGAACCGUUUUUCUCGAAGCAUUUGUAUGGAGACACUCUAUUUAUAUGAUCUAAGAUGUAAACCUAUAGGUACAUAUACCAAGUGACGGUUCAGUUUAUACUUGUACAAAAACAAUUUUCACUUUUCUACAGUCAACUUAGUGCUACUGUCAUUAUAGGUACAGUAAAAGCUUCUUAUUCACGCUUCCUUUAUUCGUGUUUUCACUAUUCGCGGAUAAAAAAAUUGCGACCCAAUUCCUAUAUUCGCGGCUAAAGAUUUCUAUAUUCGUGGAUCUAAUCGGUACAUAUUAUUAAAAAGGAUUAUGUAUCCUUUGUAAACGCGUCGGCAAAUGGAAUAAAUAAAAAAGUAAAACAGACUUUAUUACAGCUACGCCUAAAGUAUGUUGUCAAAUGCUAACGCCAUUGUAUAAAUGCUUCGGCUGUCUAUAUUCACGGUUACUGUACUGUAUUUACAGAAUGUAUACCCCGCGAAUAAAGAGCUUUUACUGUACCUAGUUGUAUUAAGAACUAAUGUAUUUGCGAGUAAUGUGUAACAGAUUACUUGUGUUAUAAGUGUAUUGAGUGAGGCUGGACUUUGUUAUCAACGGAUUGAAUUUGACGCAGUCGAUUCGGGAUUAAAUUAAAAUCACAUGGAAUAGACGUGUAAGGGACGUUAACUUACCCUCAAUUUGACGUUUAUACGAUGACGUUCAUAAGAGAAUGUGAUUAACGCGAUAAUUUUUAAAUGAUUAAAAAUGGAAUGGUUUCCAUACCUGUUCUAUCAGUAUACUCUGGCAGGCUGGUACAUCGUGAUGACCAGGAAAUUAACCAUAAUGAUUGCCAAGUGGGUCGAGUGAAGGUCGAUCUGAUAAGAUAUACUUAUUGCUAGCAAUGGAAUUUAUAGUCCUCACAACUACCGCUCCCUUCCUCCCCACCGCCAUCAUUUUUUGAAUGGAUGAUUUUGGAAUGGCAACCUCGCCUGCGCAUUUGGUAUACACUUGUGGAGCACCAGUGAGUGAAUAGAGGUGAGGAUGAACUUAGGCCAGCUGGCCCAUCGUGACAAAUUUAAGAAUCAACUACGAUGGUUUCCAUGGCGAACUACGAGGUGGUCUACUUGACAGAGUAUAUUGCUAGCAAUAGGGCUAAUGGUCCCUAAUAAUAACAAUCGUUCUCUCUCGUCCCUGUGAUUAUUUAGGUGAUAAUUUAUCUAGAUUAUAUUGACGUUUUGACCAAGUUACACCUGUUCUAUAAAACACAACUCAAGCAAAAGAAAGUCUUAUCUCAAUUCGAUUGCGUCGAAAGUCGCCGUGCAAAUUGUAAUCACAUUGUUUAUUCGAUGGAUAAUUUUAGAACGAUUUCUGUCUAGUUCCGAUGAACUUUUUUGGUUUCGAAUCUUGUUGACGUCUCCAGGAAGCAUUUUACAAAAUGUUUCUUUCUAUAUUUCGGGGAUAUCGACUUUUCUUGGGAUUCGAUGUAGAAAGCACAGCUGAAAAGGUUCACCGGAUCACAAUUGUUGAAAAUCUAUCACUAAUGUGAUAAUUGGUUCGGUUCCAAAACAGCCUGUUGAUUCGUGAUCGAAGAACAGCCUGCAGAUUCGUGUUCAAUACGUAUGAUCAAUUGUCAAAUUGUUUGAUAAAACAUUUGCGCUAAAUUCUUUGUGUGUACACGUAAGUAUAUUAUGGUUUCAUAGUCGCUCUUGGAGUUACUGCCACAUAUUUAGGUAAGAGACUGCAAUUUUAAUAGCAGAAGAGAUUUGUUUUAUAAAUGUCAUACAAUCAUACCAAAUGUCAGGUCCUCUAACUACGUUAUCCUAUUUUGGUUUAUUUUCCAUUGAUUUUCAACUGACUUCAAAAUGGAGGUUGCCAAUUCGGGUAUAUUUUUUUUUAUGUUUGUUACCUCGUAAAUGUAUUAGUUAUAAAACGAUAUGGAGAAUUAUUGAUAUUUUAUCAAAACUGUAUCGGUAGUUUAGUUUUUAAACCAAAAUAACUGCUGAUUGAAUUAGUUUUUUUUAUUUGUGGAACACAAUCUUAAAUUAUAAUACUAAUUAUUUUUUCAAUUGUUCUUAUUUUCUUACCAAUUUUGUGCACAUUGAAAUAACUACUUUAUAUUUUCUUCUUAGAUGAUUUAAAUAUCAUUGUGACAGUGUCCUUGUUCCGUAAGGACAUGUGUCCUUACGGAACAAGAACUUAAGUAGUUAAGUACGUAAAAGGUGAGAGGGCCUAAAAACUAAUUAAUAGAGCGGUCUUACCACAAAAAAGUUAAACUUACAAUAAACAGGUAUUAAAAACAUGAUUAGACGACUUUGUUGUACAAAAUGGUGUCUAACAUCGUUUUAUACCAAAACAAAAGAAAAUCUGUCGUCCCUAAAAAUAAAAGGUAUUUUAUCUAAUAAAUUUUAUUAUAAAUAAGUAUAUUGUACCGACUAAAUAAUGUUUAACCACUUAGAGUUUUAUUAAACGCUGUUUAGAUAGGCAAUGGUUUAUAUUAUUUUUGUAGUAAGACCGUAGAAGACGUGUCUCACAAUUAAAAUCUAUCUGCGACAAGACAUACGAAACUUGAUUGAAUUGUACCUGAUAAUACUUAGAUGACGGUACAUAACUCUCCUGAUCGUAGAAAUCACUAAAAUAUUAUAUUAUAAUUGUAAAUAUAGUACUUAUGUUAGUUAUUAUUUAGUUAUGUAAAAAUAAUGCACUUUGAAUAUUCAUAUGCAUUUCAAAAGGCUCCUUCCUUUUCUCCGUGCAAUUUUUUUUUAUACAUAAGUAUAUUAAUUACGUAAUAACUUAAUAAAUUUUGAAUACUUUUAAAGUAUAGUCGGGUAAAGACAAAUUUUGUCAUGUGAUUGACAAUUAAUUUUGUAUCAAUUUUGAUGGAUUCCAGUAAAAACCGCGAGUAUUAGAUUGUUUGUUUCUAAUGGAUCAUCUCCAAAACUACUCAACCGAAUUUAAAAUAAUCUUUCACGUGCAGAAGCUACAUUAUUUGUGAAAAAUAUAGAUUAUAUAUUACUUUAGAUAAUUAAUAAACUAUGCGAAGUUGGACCGGAUCGCUAUUCCUAAAUACUGCGGGGGAAGUGAGAUUAUGCAUUUGAAAGUUUCAAAGUGUAUUAUUAUAAGUAUACUGUUUGUUGUUCAUUUGUAAAUAUAUUUAAGUCAACGUGUUAGAUAGAUAACAUUUAUCACGUCUUGCGAUGAUCUAGUCACUCCUACACGAGUUAUAAGCAAUUUGUAUAUGGAUGUAUGAGCCAGAAUCAAGCAUUUGUAAGUAGGUACGUGCGUAACAGUAUAUGUAGUUGCUUGAUCAGAACUUAAAUAGAAAGCUUAAUUGUUAAAAAUUUUGUAAAAAAAAAAUUAGAUUCACAUUAAUCUGAAGAAGUGGUAACACAUGAGAGGUGCCAUGUGAUGGGGGACCUUAUAUUAUAUUGGGGCCAUAUUUGGAAUGAUUUUUUUAUGCCGUUCAUAUUUAGAUUUUUUUAAUUAAUUUAAACCCAAUUUCGGUAACCUAUAAAAAUUGUAUUUCCAUUUUUAUUUCAAGUAAUUAAACUUUUGCAAAGAGCAGAAUCUGACCUUAGCACAGAAUCUUUUCCCGUGGGUGUAGUAAGAGGCGACUUAUAGAACUUAUGGUCGAGAGAUAGGUAGCAGCAUCUCUCUUCAUCAAAUCCUAACUGCGGUUGCAAACCCGUCUGCCAAGCGUGGCAACUCCUGGUCAAAACCUCCUUUUUGGUGGAGCCUUAUAUUCAACAGUGGACAGUUAACGGCUGGUAUGAUGAUGAUGAUGAUGAAAGAGCAGAAUUGUAGCUUUUUCUUAAAACACAGGGGGCAAAUUAGCAUGCGGCUCACCUGGUGGCAAGUGACUACCGCCGCCCAUGAUCAUCCACAACACUACACUACACAGAAUUGUAGCUAAGUAAUUGCAAAAGAUUAAUUCAUAAUCGUUAUUUAUAUGGUUAAAAUUCCAAAAAGUAGGUUUAACCACACAAAUAGUAUAAUACUAAUAUGAUGUCUAAUGCAUUUACGAAUUUUAAUACGGUUCAGUUUUUUUCUUAGCAGACUGAAGUCCGUCUAAGUACUUAAAAAAGAAACAUUUGAAAGGCUCUUUCGAUAGUAGGUACUACUAAUAUAAUAUUAUGUUAUCUGUGGUUUUUUUACAACACAGGGGGCAAACGAGCAUGCGGCUCACCUGAUGGUAGGUGACUACCGCCGCCCAUGAUUACUCGCAACACCAAAAGCAUUGCAGAUGUGCUGCCGGUCUACCUAAGUACUUACCUACUUAGUAUUUAUCUAAGUACUAAGUUCUGGGGGAUGGGAUUGUUAGUAAUGCAGAUUACCAGUUCCAUUGCUAGAUUACCAGUUCAUAUGCUCAACCAGGUCGACCUCCACGUGGUCUCUACUGGGAACCAUCGUGCUGAAUUCCAGAUGAAUUCAUCAUGAUGGGCUAACUGGCCUGCCUUUUCAUUCUCACCUAUCAUCUCACACUGGUGCCCGCCAGCGUAUACCGUUAGCGCAGGCGGAGUUACCACUCCAUUACCAUCCAUAAAAAGAAAAAGUACUAAGUACUUAUAGCUAUUUAUAGUAAGUUUACAUCCAAUGUCAGAGAAUUGUGCUAAAGGAAAUCGUGCGCUAAAAAUGUAAAAUUAACUGCAUGAUCUGUACCCUGUAUUUACUUACAAAUUGAACAGUAUUAUUAGAUAAUA